AUGAGUUUGGUUUCGAAGCAGCCUAAAACCAUUGCCGAAACGGAUAGUACAAGGGCAAACAACAAGGGCCAGAAGAAAGAGAGAAACCAGAAUCAGACGGGGCACAGAGAUUACAUCUGGAAGGUCCUCGUUGCAAUUGGCUUCUUGAUUCCGUUGUUCUUCUUUGCCUUCUUUGAUCUGAUGAAGUCGAAUGGCGGGUUUCAGCAGGACAGCAGUGAACUUUCCAAUUCAGGCGAAAUAAAAGUCAAGACUGCGGCAAUAGAGUCAACAAGAAUAGAGAAACCAUCAAAGCAACCUGAGACUGACAUAAUCCAAAUGGAGUCGAACAAUUAUGCUACUGUAACCAACUCGACAGGACCAGUCCGAAUUCAAAUAGCUUCCGACUUGCACAUUGAGUUCUUUGGUGAAGACGAAGACUUGAACUUCCUCAUUGAGCCCAAGGCUCCCAUUUUGGCUCUAUUAGGAGAUGUCGGCUAUGCUUGUACUCAGCAGCUUCGGAAAUUUCUCUUGUCGCAAUGCGAUCGGUUUGAGGAGGUUUGGUUCCUAGCUGGAAAUCACGAAUACUACAACCAUGGUGGGACUCACUACAGUGUGACGGAACAAGAUGCCUGGUUGCAACAGGUAGCUUCGGAAAGACCCAAUUUGAAGUAUUUGGAAAAGUCCGUCAUUCCCAUGUGGAAUGGAAACGUUGUGGUCUUGGCCACUACACUGUGGUCCGACAUUCCCGACAAUUACUUGGAAGAAGCCGAGCACUUUCUCAAUGACUAUCGAUUAAGUUACAAUCACGCGCCUUCGGAAACAGCCCCUCGCCUACUCCGAGCCUCAGAAACCCGGCAAUGGUAUCGAGACAAUUUGAAUUGGCUCCAAACCCAAUUACAGACCAUUUAUGACCAAAACAAGAUACGAGCACAACAUCAACAGCAAGGGCAACACCACCACCACCAAGAACAACAGACUAAGGUUAUUGUGCUCACGCACCACACGCCCUUGAUGAUUGGUACCUCGGCACCACAAUACGAAGGCAUGGACUCGACGCACUGCUUUUCGUCCGAUCUCCAGUCCUUGAUGGUCCAUCCAUACUCUCCCAUUGACAUAUGGGCUUGUGGACAUACCCAUUACAAUUUUGAUCUGGCAUUGACGCAAAACGAAACAAGCAGUACUGGUAAUGGUAGUAGCGAAAAACUAGUACGAGUGGUAUCCAAUCAAAGGGGAUACCAGAGUCGGCCCAAACCAGACUACCGAGCGGAUGGCAUUGUUUUGGAAAUACGAUGA